GAAUUAAAUACUAAAGAAAUAGCGACUAAGGUGAACAACGAAUUGAAAAAGUUCAGCAUACCGCAAGCAGUAUUUGCAGAGAAGGUCCUAGGUCGAAGCCAAGGAACACUCAGUGACCUACUUAGAAACCCAAAACCCUGGAGUAAGUUAAAAUCAGGUCGGGAGACGUUCAGACGUAUGUUAAAGUGGUUGGACCAGAGCGAGGAAAACAAGAUGGUUGCCCUGAGAAAUGGAGGGAGUAGUAGUGGCGGGAAUAAUCGUGUCGGCAGCAACAGCAGCAGCCACAAGAAGUCUCGAAUGGUCUUCACUGAGAUUCAGCGUCGCACUUUGGUGGCCAUCUUCAAAGAAAUCAAGCGACCCAGCAAGGACGUGCAGGCGACCAUCGCGGAACAACUUGGUCUAAAGAUGUCUACAGUCAUCAAUUUUUUCAUGAACGCGAGG